AGGUUCAGAGAGCAUGCUCCCCACAGUGGGAAGGGACUGUCCCCUGUGAGGGCCCCUCGGCCUCUGCUUGGAGGAGGUGGUCAGCCUGGAGGACUCUGGGGCUAGCUAGCAUUGUUUGGAAAGAGGGUGUGUACAGGAAUGUGAGGGUUGUGUGUAGAAGGAAUGGGGUUGUUGGUGAAGGGUGGCGGCGGACUGUGACAUAACUGCACAGGAGAUCUUAGCAGCCUGCUAGGGCAUGGAGAGUGAGGACGGCUCCACAGGGGCUGGGAGAAGGGAGCAAAUUGGGUGUAUACUGAGUGCCGAGACUUGGGUCCCAGAAGUGGAGGAUGGAAGACGAUGGGACAAAGACUUAAGAGACACAGGCCAGUCUGCUAAAAAUUUCUAGCCUCUAGGGACAGGCAGCAAGCAGCCUCAGCUCUGCUCACCACUCCAAAGCAAUGAAUUCUAAGCAAGCUUGUUCUCUUGAGGGGCCCGGAGGCUGACUUUGCAGGGACCAAUUUUCCAUUUUAGUGACUGAUCUCUUGCGUUUGGAGAGUGGGCUAAGGAUUGGAGGUUACUGUGGCCCUUGUAUGGAAUAAGGGAUGGCUAGGCUGUUUGGGUCAGUGCCCUGUGGAUAGCAUUGCUGGGUGUGGAUGUACGUUACAAGUGGGAUAUGAUGCUCUUGAUGUUGCUGGGAUAGAAGAAAACAGCCUGGUCCUCCAUUUCUAGCACCCUGGAGGGUCUGCAAAAGCAAUUCUGGCCUGUUUUUGUUGUCCAUUUGGUUUUCUUUCGUUUUGAGGUCCUGGGUUUUAGAGCCAAAGACCUCUAGGCUUGUAAUCUACCAAUGAGUUAUGUACGUUCACAGCUGUUUUUUCCUUCUGCUUUUGUUGUCUGUUUGUUUAGAUAGUAUUUUGCACUGUUCCCCAGGCUGGUCCUCAGUCUGUGAGCUCAUGUGAUCCUCCCUCACAAGUAGUUGGGACUGCAAGUUGCUACAGGUGCCUGCCACAACCCCCAACUCAGUCUUGAGGUUUUUAAAAUCCUAAUUUGGGAAAGACUGAGACUGUGGUCCUCGUCCCUUUGUGUAAGGAGAGCAGUGACGUUGUGAGUCUGUGGGUUUCCCGAUGAUGCUCCCUGUGGACAGUGAGUUUUUACCCUAUUUGGGGGGGGGUUGUUUAACAUUCCUCAAUUUCUAGAAAAAGAAAUGGGGUACAAGGGAGGCAAGUCUUAAGAGCCAGGCAGGACAGGAGCGCACUGAAGUAUUCCAUAGCUCAACACACUAUAUUAGGGUUCUUUGUGGCUAUGGAAACUUGACUCUGCUGCUUUCUAGUUCUCUUUCAUGGGGAACCCCUUUUCCCUGCUCCCCAUCGGCCCGGAAGUGCAGAGGCCUAGGAGCUGCCUACCGGCAACUGCCAGCAGCCGGAUUAGUUCAGGGAAGGACUUGCUCACCUGCUCCUCCCCUCUGACUCAAGUCAUAACAAGUAACCUGGUUCCCCUGGCCCGGCAGCCUGGGAGGGACAACAGGCAGGCGGGACCUGAUGAGAGGGAGAGCCAGGGGCCGGCCAGCAGUGUGUGGAGAGCUUGCUCAGAGAAAGAGCACCAGGUGGCUGGCUUGUGACCCGGGAGACCCCAAGGUGGCAUGAAAGGUGCUUCAGAACCCUGAUCUGGGAGCCAGAGUCUUCCCUGGUCAGGCGUGAACUCUGGAGCAGCUGGGAAAACUCCAGGCUACCUACACAUCCUGGCCCAGGCUGGGCCCAGCGCAGCCCCUCCUUCCUCAGUGUCCCCUCCUCCCAGAAACUCAUCAUGGAGAGUAAGGAUGAGGUCAGUGACACCGACAGCGGCAUCAUCCUGCAGUCUGGCCCAGACAGCCCUGUCUCUCCAAUGAAAGAGCUGACCAACGCAGUGCGCAAGCAACAGAGGGCCCUAGAAGCGAGACUGGAGGCCUGCUUGGAGGAGCUUCGCAGACUCUGCUUGAGGGAGGCGGAGCUGACUGGUACUUUGCCAGCAGAAUAUCCCCUUAAGCCAGGUGAGAAGGCCCCCAAGGUCCGGCGCAGGAUUGGAGCAGCGUACAAGCUGGAUGAGUGGGCCCUGCACAGAGAGGACCCUCUGAGCAGCCUGGAGCGCCAGUUGGCUUUGCAGCUUCAGAUCACCGAGGCGGCUCGCAGGCUGUGUGCGGAGGAGAACCUCAGCCGACAGGCGCGCAGACAGCGGAAGCACGCAGCGCUGCAGGAGGAGAAGAAGCUGCGGGAGCUUCAGCGCCGCCUGGGCGAUCGGCGGCGGAACAGUGAGCCCCCUCCCACCACCGUGCCCUCCCUGGGCAGAGAGCUCAGUGUCUCUGAUGACAGCUCCCUGUCUGAUGGGCUACUCCUGGAGGAAGAUUCCCAAGCGCCAAAACCUCCCCCAGAGUACCCAGCGACACCACCUUCACGGCCUCACCCACCCCAGAGCCUCGAGGGCCUGCAGCCAACAGGACCUGAGUCUGGCAGCCUGGAGCGGGCCCCAAUCCAAAACAGUCCAUGGAAGGAGACCAGCCUGGACCACCCCUAUGAGAAGCCUAGGAAGUCUUCUGAGCUCAGUAGCGAGUCCAGCAGCCCCGCCACCACUCCUCAGGACCAGCCCAGCCCUUCCAGCCUGUGGCUGCCGGAUCCUGCCUCCUAUCACGUGGUCCCCAUCCGAAAUGUUCCCGGCCAGCGGCAGGGCCGCACCAGUGCCCCAGCCACCCCUGAGAUACAGGGCAGGAGGGGCCAGUCUCUGAGGGUGGACUCUUUCCGAGCAGGUGCGGAGGGCCGGGGUCGCAGCGCCUUUCCCCGCCGGCGCCCCACUCAUUACACGGUGACCGUGCCAGACUCUUGCUUCGCGCCCAGCAAGCCCCCGCUGCCCCACCCUGCCUGCCACUCCUGCUCUGAAGACAGCGGCUCUGAUGUCUCCAGCGUCUCCCAUCCCACCUCGCCCGGCAGCAGCAGUCCAGACAUCUCCUUUCUGCGGCCCCUCUGUCCCCCUGAGCCACCUUGCCACCGUGGGGCCUGGGGCCCAGCCUGUGGCAGAGAGCUGACCGCUCACUACCCUAAACUUCUGCUGCCCCCUGGGUACUUCCCAACAGGGCGCUAUGUGAUGGUGGCCGAGGGCCACCUGCCGCCGGGCGAGUGGGAGCUGUGCCAUGCAGCCCUGGGGGCCGCCUAUGACGAGGAAGGGGCACCCCUGCGCUACCAGCGGCUGGUGCCCUCCCACAGCCGCAUAGUGCGCACGCCCUCCCUGAAGGACAGUCCUGCGGGCCGGGGACUCAGCAAGGCAGCCGUCUCGGAGGAGCUCAAGUGGUGGCACGAGCGGGCACGACUCCGGAGCAGCCGCCCCCACUCGCUCGACCGCCAAGGGGCUUUCCGUGUCAGGAGUCUGCCUCCCGGGAGGGAGAGCUUCGGGCGGGCCUCCGGAUCCCGGGCACAGGUACCCCCAGUAUGUGUACUCCGGAGGUCACCAGAUGGGGCUCCUGUGCAAGUCUUUGUGCCUGAGAAUGGAGAGAUCAUCAGCCAAGUGUAACCCUCUGAAAGCCUCGGCAACUGCUGGAAAAGACUUUUACAUUGGAGCCGGGGUUGAGAUCCCCAGCCCCAACCCUGAAGUGCUUCUCUCGGCUCUACUCCCCUCAUCGCAGGCCGAUGACUUUGACCUCAAACCUUUGGUUUUUUUUUUAAACAUGUGUUUUCCAGAAGCCCUGACCUGAGGAUUUAUAUGUGUGAUUUGUCUUCAAGGUUCCUAUAGUAUGAUUAUGUUUCAUUCCCCCGGAGUCUGGCCUUUUGGAUUUAAGAUCUUGCUGGGCUAAUCAACAUCAUUUGUCUCCUUAUGUGGGAGAAGUGGCAUAGUUAAAAGGCCCCCUGGGAUUCUCCCGACGCUCUGUGCCCUCUUUCUGAGGUAGCUGCUAGUUCUUAUUGCUGGAGGCAGGAUGUGGUAAUCUCUCAACAAGGACUCUUCCCUUGUUUCCCAGCUGCUGGGCAGGACUCUCCUUGUGUGUCCUCCCAGCGGCAGGUGAAAGGUCAGUAUGUCCUGCUGCCACCUUGUCUUCAUGCUACAUUCCCGACUCCACAGGUCUCUGUUAGUGGCCUGUUUCCCAUACUGUUGAGCUCCUGGACCGCUGAACCUGGAGUUGGAGGCUACACUAGAUUGUCCAGCCUGGGACCUGAGCUAGGGGGCUGGUUGGUAGGAAACACCUCACCCACCCUGUGAAUUCACCUCUGGGAAUUGUGAAGCUGGCUGUCAACUCUGCCCCCUAAAAUCUUCAUAGUCCGAAAACAGCACCUUGAAAUAUAUAUAUAUAUAUGCCACUUCUGUGGCGUGUUUGAGGUUUGAGGAAGUUUCUGCCCCUUGUUUUCUGUCCAGCCAGCUUCUGCUCUUGUUUGGUCACACCUGGAGCAGUUCAUCGAUGCCUCCUGAUGGAUUGUCUGUAGCCAGCGUGAAUAAAUUGUCCCAGCUCCCGAGACUAGGCAGGCCAGGAAGCUGCCCUGUACUCAGACCACUGGCACACACAAGUUUUUGAGCCUUAGGCUGCCGGGUCAGAUGCCCAGUUAGACAUCUUGCCUAGGAGCAACUGGGAAGGGAGCAGUUGUGAUUUUGCAUGGCCUUCGCCACCUCAGCACUUCUCCCUGGAUUGGCAGAGCACGGAUACCUGUAUUUCUCCUGCUGGAGAGAAAUCAGGGUGGCCUGCUGCACUGGGGUUGGAGGAGGGGCAGUGUCAGGAGUUUGGGGGACUAAGGGGGUUUGAGGGGGUACACAGAGCACUCCUGUCACUGUUUUUACCACGCCCUCCAGCGGUCCCAACCUCUCCGUGUUGUGUGUGAAUUCCCUGCUUGGUUUGUCUGGCUUCUGAGCCCCCUCCCCCGUGUAGAGGUGCCCCCGUCCCAGCGUAUUCUCUGGAUUUCUAAGUGCCUUAGAUCCUACAUUGCAGAGCUGGGAGACUUCUCAGUGCUGGUCUCUCCCCACACCGGAGCAUCCUCCACAUUAAGUUAUUGCUCUUACCUAACAGGUAUCUUCGUGUGGUUGCACAGUGGCGGUGCCCUCAGCUGCAGGGCUGAGACUGUGCCAAAUACUUCAAUAAAGUCUGAUUGGCCCAGCUGA